CGGGAGGGAGGCAAUGGUGUUAUAAAUAUAUUAUUUGCUGCGCCUGGACACGUCUGGUUACUGUUGUCUCUUGCCGGUAGGUAGAGUAGGUGUUGGCGCGCCAGUACCCAGACUGCCAUCAAGGAUCAACACCGGGGAGAGAGAGAAUGGGUGCCGUGAUCCGUCCUCUGGCGAGGCCUGGCGCCGGGCGGGGUGGGGUGGGCUGGCGGACCCAGCCUACCGGGGAUCAGGGACAGGCUGGGGCGGCUCAGACUCAGGCUCAGUGUGCGGUGCGGUGCGGAACUGAGAGGACGAGCGUAGCCUUACUAUCUACAACCAUGGCUGGAAGUGGUCCCAAAGUAAUCACGUUGGAGAACAUGAACUCCCAGGUGAAGAAGAUGGAGUACGCGGUGCGCGGCCCGCUGGUGAUCCGCGCCACGGCCAUCGAGAAGGAACUGCAGGCGGGAGCAGAGAAGCCCUUCAAGACAGUCAUCAAGGCUAACAUUGGUGACGCACACGCCAUGGGCCAGAAACCAAUCACCUUCCUCAGACAAGUUGUGUCACUGUGCCUGAUGCCAAGCUUGCUGGAUGAUGACACCUUCCCAGAGGACACCAAGGAGCGAGCUAGAGGCAUCCUGGCAGGGUGUCGUGGUGGCUCCCUCGGCGCAUACAGUGACUCACCAGGAAUUGAGAUCAUCCGGCGCCACGUGGCAGAGUACAUACAGCGCCGGGAUGGCCACCCGUCCUGCUGGGAGAACAUUGUGCUGUGUGCCGGGGCCUCUGAGGGCAUCAGGGGCACAAUGAAGAUGAUGAUCCAGCAUGACAAUGGCAUCAAGCCGGGCGUCAUGAUCCCCAUCCCUCAGUACCCACUCUACUCAGCCACCAUUGCAGAGUUCAACCUUCAUCAGAUUGGUUACUACCUUGAUGAAUCCACCAACUGGGGCCUGGACAUGGCAGAGCUGGAGCGGGCGUACAAUGAGGCCAAGGAAGUGUGUCUCCCAAAGGCCCUUGUGGUGAUCAACCCUGGCAAUCCCACUGGUAAUGUUUUGCCACGGGAGAACAUUGAAGCUGUUAUCAAAUUUGCACAUGAAAGAAACCUCUUCUUAUUUGCUGAUGAGGUGUACCAAGACAAUGUGUACGCUGAUGGGUGCAAGUUCCACUCCUUCAAAAAAGUGCUGAUGGAGCUUGGAGAACCUUACUGCCACAUGGAGCUUGCUUCCUUCAUGUCUUGCUCAAAAGGCUACAUGGGGGAGUGUGGCCUGCGUGGUGGCUAUGCAGAGCUUAUCAACCUUGACCCUCAGGUGAAGGCCAUGUACCUUAAGAGCAUCUCAGCCAAACUUUGUCCAACCACUCUUGGCCAGGCAGUGAUGGAGUGUGUUGUGAAUCCACCACGUGAGGGUGACACGUCCUAUGAACAGUUCAUGUCAGAGAAGAGUGCCAUUCUGUCCUCCCUGGCUCAGCGUGCCAAGAUGGUGGUGGAAACUUUCAACUCAGUACCGGGCAUGUCCUGCAACAUUGUGCAGGGAGCCAUGUAUGCCUUUCCCCAGAUCCAGCUUCCUCUGAAGGCCAUAGAGGCAGCCAAGGCAGCAGGACAAGCACCAGAUGUUUUCUACGCCUUCCAGGUUCUUGAGAACACUGGCAUAUGCAUUGUUCCAGGCACUGGGUUUGGGCAGCGUCCUGGAACGUAUCAUUUCAGAACCACAAUCCUGCCACAGCCUGAGUUGCUCAACACUAUGCUGGAGAAGUUUAGGGAAUUCCACUCCAACUUUGUCAACAAAUAUCAGUGAAGAGAACAAGUAUGAGGAGAAGGAGGAGGAGGAUGCCUGCACUUCUGAGAAGCACACCCUGCUGAAUCUCCUGUCUGCACCAGCAAGUAUCACACACAGCACAGCACAGCACAGCACAGCACAGCACAGCACAGCACAACACAACACAGCACAACACAACACAACACAAUACACACACACACACACACACACACACACACACACACACACACACACAGAAUCACAAAUGCCAUUUCCACCAUCACCCGACCACCACCACCUUCACUAUUUACCAGAUGUGCAUUAUUCACUGCCAUUUAUAACAAAUGAUCAAUAUUGCACUUGUUAUCCACUGCACAAAACAUACUUUAUCAAUGGAGGGUUAAUUCUGUCUCUGUGCUGCUGGAUUUAGCAUUCAAUUUUCCAGUCCCUUUGAUUAACAGAGCUAACUUUGCUGUACACAGCAAGAGGCCAUAAAAUGGUUUCAUGUUCCCAAGAGUGGUGAGCAUUGGCACUUGCCCUAUAGACUCACCUAAAUUGUCUUCACUCCUGCAAGUCUCAUUCUGAACACUGGCAGACACACAAUGCUCAGUAAAAACAUUCAAAUGUUUGUCUAUAACUGUACUUUUCCUAGACUGCUCACUCAAGAAUAUUAAAUUUAGCUGUAGAGUGUUGUUGUCAGGGCUGCAGUUAGUAUAUGCACCAUUUUUGGGACAUGUAUGCUAUGUUUAUCACAGUGUGCAUGAGAUCCAGCCAAGCUAUGGGGGACAGAUGCCUCAGUCCACUUCAGGCUUCCACUAAGGUUCUAUUACAUGAGGCACUGUUUUAGGAAAGGCCUUCUGGUGUUGUGGUAUGACACACUUGCUGUAUAGGAAGAAACAUGGAUGUUUCAAUGAGUGAACUUUUCACUGCAAUUAAGGUUUUGAUAAAAGUAGCAGCUUCAUUUCAAGUGCUCUGAAUAUUAUUUAAUUUUGUUACUUUAAAUUUUAUUGUACUUUGUUCAUUCAUUAUUUUAUAACUCAGUAUAAUUUUUCAUUGCAGUGGAGAAUGAUUACUUUGUUAAUGAAAUAUUUAGUUUGUCAUAACAGCUUCUCCAUCAUUAACAAAUGAAUGAAUUGCAUCAACUUCCCCAUAGACUCAUUCACAAAAUGUCACCUCCCAUAACUUUAAUCAGGUUACAAUUGCUUUUAGUUGACAUGCAGAGCUGAGGUGUCACUUUGUGAUAAUUAAGUGUUGCAUUAUUAAUAUUUGUGUUUUGUGGUCCUGGGAUCACAAGAACCACUGUAUUGCAUCGAGCAGCACAGCAAUUGUCAUUGUGUCAAAACAGCCAUUCUGUCUGGCUAAUUCUACAUGCUGGCAGUGGUUGUGGUGCAUCUUGGAAGCAAUUCGUAAGUUUGUUGGGAUUGUGUUUGGAAGUAACAUAUUGUAGAUACCAGAGAGAGAGAGAGAGAGAGAGAAUUAAUCAACUUGUGCCUUCUGCAGAUAAUUGCAUUAUAUUUGCACUUUGAUAAAUGAGCUACUUUUCAAAUGUUCAUUUCAUCUCUCUCUCUCUCUCUCUCUCUCUCUCUCUCUCUCUCUCUCUCUCUCUCUCUCUCUCUCUCUCUCUCUCUCUCUCUCUCUCUCUCUCUCUCUCUCUCUCUCUCUCUCUCUCUCUCUCUCUGUGUGUGUGUGUGUGUGUGGUUAUGUUGCCUGUGGUAUUUUCAGGGCUAAGGGAAAUAGGAUGGGCAGUGUACCUCUUAUCACUAUAUAUAUAUAUAUAUAUAUAUAUAUAUAUAUAUAUAUAUAUAUAUAUAUAUAUAUAUAUAUAUAUAUAUAUAUAUAUAUAUAUAUAUAGGUCAUAGAAAAUGCUCAACAGUCGGUAUAUAAGCAAGGAAGCACCUGUUGGUAUACAUGCUUUGGUAAUUAAUUGUUACUACCAUGUGCACACAACUGCAGCUCGUCAUCAUGAUGGCAACAUCACUGAAUCACGUUUUACAUACAUAUCUAUCUAUCUAUCUAUCUAUACUCAGGAUAAUGUCAUGGCAGCCUCAGAUGCUUGUCUAUCACUGUGGUUACAAAUAGUUAGAGUGUGGCUGUUCUACAGUAUUUCAUGGAUCAGUCAUGAAGAUUGGAGAGCAGUCAGUGAUGAGCACAUAGUAAAUCCUGAGAUGAUUACAUAAAGUUCUAAUGCUGUAACUUCUUUGUGGCACACAAAUAUUGGAACAUAGCCAUCGAUUCAGAUGCAACGAAAUGAAAGACUCAUUUCUGCUUAAUUCUAAUUAUAUUAGGCUAUAAUGCAUGCAACUCUUUUAGCCAUGUUCAAGGUUUUGUUUAUUUCUGUAGCUGUAUAAGUUACUUGCUCCUAAAGUAAAGAUAUUGAAAGAAAGAAAAUUAAAUCUGCACCACAUGGUUCUUUUAGUGUUGAUGUUGUUCCAUAGUCUGUUACAUGGCAGCCAAGUAGCCUUUUUUAAAUGGUGACCCUCUCCUGCCUUUUAUGUUGUGCGGUUGUACUUGUGUUUGCAUGUUCCUUCUGCAGCCAAAAUGAUGACUUGACUUGGACUGACAAAGCAAGAACAUGUCACUGGUCAUCAUGUCACUGCAGGUUUUCUGAAUUUUCCCAACAAAUGAGGAAAAGGGCCAAAGAAGGGUAAAAACAAAAAGAUUGAGGCAUAUCACACUGUCAUCAUCAGUGACUUAGACAGUAAUAGUUUGCAUCAUCAUUGACAUUAGCAGGUGAAUGUGAGUGUAGUGAUGGUUUCAGCAUAACCAAUGCUGGAAGUUCUGAGUACACAUAAUGCAUAUCAUGAAUGCAUAUCCUGAAUUUAUCAGGUUAAACAAACAUAUCACUUUCCAAGAAUAUUUUUUUGUAACUCAAGGUGUUGCUUACCAAUGGUGUCUUGUGGUCAUGCAAUGUCUAGAAUUUAAACAAAGAAAUUAAAUGACCUCAGAACAUAAAUUCUUACUAGCAUCUUUUGAAAGUAUUAUCCAUCCAAGGCUUUUUAUGUUUUAAUCAUGUAAUCCUAGGUAAUUGUUGGCAUUGUGCAAGUUCCCAUGAAGUGAGUCGCUUAACUGUACACAUACAGUAGAGCACAGUACAUACUGUACCAAGCCAAAGUACAAUUAGAGGAGUCCACUUGUUAGCUGAAGAUAUGUGUGUGUAUGAUCUGUGAUUUGUGGUAUGUGAUGUGUAAAAAAUAAGAUAGUCAAUUUAUUUUAACAGGCUGAUUUAUUCAGCUAUUUCUGAUAGUGUUGAUAGUGAAAAUACUGUGUAGUCCAAGGAUUACUGUGUUGUUGAAGCCAAAGUUACUUGAUUUUAGAUGAAAAUAUGGUAACAGAGCAUACUACUGUUGUACUGUUGUGCAUAUUUGUGGUACAAGUAAGAACUUCACUGUUUGUUUGUUCCCCAUUACAUAUUGCAAAGUGAUAGAAGUCUGAUUCUGUUGUGUAAUGUGCUAAUGUGUCAUACAUAGGCUUGAUAGAUAGUUUUGUACAGUCAGCAAGAAAAAAUACCUUCUAUUGCUGCAGAGAUAAUGAAUGUUUUGAAGCAUUCAAAACACUGUGAAGAAGCACUGCACACAAUGUGAUCACACCUUCAGAAACUUUGUUACACACUCCAAGGUUCCUUUCUGUGUAGGCUUUUUGAUUACAAGCUUUCUUCAUUGCAUUAUGCACAGCCUAUCCAUCUGAUCUCAAAAUCCAGAGUUUCACAACACAGCAGUACUGUUACUAUGUAAUGAUGCAAUAAACUGCCUUGGCAAUGUCAGGUCAUGUAAUAAGCUCACUUUGGUUGUGGUAAGAAGCACCAAUUUCUUGGAAGGAGCAACUGUCUUCUACUACUACUACUACUACUACUACUACUACUACUACACUAAAGUACUUUAUGGCUGUGGCCUUGGGCUCACACCUUGUAAGUUGUAAGACAAGGAAAACUUUAACACAAGGACAUGAGUGCUCUUUUUUGCUGAUUGAACCUGUGUUGGGUUUAAAAUAAAGGUGUUUAUGUAAAA